CAAACUUUGAAGUCCCUUGUGAGAAGGUUCCAUUCUCAGCUUUGCCUCAACAAUGCCAUUCUCGCGCUCAAUCAAUAUUGUCGGCUGCCAUGCGGAAGGGGAGGUAGGCGAUGUACUCAUUGGUGGGGUUCUUGAUGUGCCGGGAAAGACAAUGUUCGAAAAACUUCAAUAUUUUCAAAAAAACGAUAGCUUACGCCAGCUGCUUCUCAAUGAACCCCGGGGCAGGGCUCCAAUGAAUGUGAAUGUCAUUCUCCCCCCUUGCGACCCCCGCGCUGAUGCCGGCUUUCUGAUCAUGGAAAGUAACGAAUAUGCGCCUAUGUCUGGAUCAAACACAAUGUGCACUACAACUGUCCUAUUGGAGACCGGCAUGAUCCCAAUGAAAGAACCUGUUACUCAGGUGACUUUAGAUACGGCUGCAGGACUGGUUACAGUUACUGCGGAGUGCGAAGCUGGCAAAUGUAAAAGCGUUGAAUUUGACAAUGUUCCUGCUUUUGUUCUUGAGCUCGAUUUCAAAGUGCAAGUCCCGGGUUUGGGUCAGAUCUCCGUCGAUAUUGCGUAUGGAGGGAUGAUGUACCUACUUGUGGAAACAUCUUCACUUGGCUUGUCUAUCGACCAACAACAUUCUCGCGAAUUGAUUGAUAUCGCAGAGCGAAUUAAACGUGCGACCGAAGCUGUCUACACCCCUGUUCACCCCGAGAACCCCGACAUUACAGGAUUUAGUGUCCUUGAGUUCACAGAUCUACUCCAAACCGACAAAGAUGGGUCUAAAGUUGCUACCAAUGCAGUAGUUGUGACACCUGGGCGAUUUGACCGCAGUCCCUGUGGAACAGGAACAUGUGCCAGAUUAGCAGUCAUGCAUGCGAGGGGUGAGAUCAAAGAAGGAGAGAUUUUCAAACAUAGGAGCAUUAUUGGGACGGAAUUCAUCAGCCGCAUACGGGGUGUUUCCAAAGUAGGGGACUACCCUGCUGUUCUGCCGACCGUGAAAGGUCGGGCUUGGAUAACGGCAUUUAAACAGGUCGUUCUUGACUCGACGGAUCCAUUUCAAGAAGGUUAUAGACUGGGUGAUCAAUGGCCAAGCCUUUCGGACUAGCUUUUCUUAAGUUAUGAACUUCAUAGUCUUUUAGAGAUAAUCAUUAUA